AUGGCGAUGUACUUCUAUGCCAGUAAGAUAUCAGCAAUCGCAUGUGGUUCGCGCUGUAAGCGGACCGUCCUGCAAAAGUCGCGUGGCCAACGCGAUCGUGAUAAAAAUAAAUACCAGCAUCGAGGCAGAUACCACCAGAGUAGCUCAGAGAGCGAGACAAGUGCAGACGAUAACUGUUGUGGCCUCGACAGUGAAAUAGUUCCGCAACCCGACUUGAGUGUCAUAUCGAUUGAUGUCAUCAAUCCAAUUGUUGAUACGGCGUUGCACUCCAGCCAUGUUCUUGGUCAGGAUAACGAGGGCCUUCGGCUUCGACGUCGGCACAGCGCGGAACAACUGAGUGCACAAGAUUUGAAAUUGGGGUUUCAGCAACUUGAGCUUGCCAACACAAAUUCAAGAGCAACCAGCGGCGGAGAUGAUCUUAUUAAAUAUGAUGUGCCCAAAAAUCCGCACAAACGCAGCCAAUGUGAUAUAAAUUUUAAGAGCUCUGUUUUGGGCUCCGGCGGCAUAAUGUAUAUAAAUAGUAGAAUAGUUUCUGGCCCGCUGGAAUCCUUCACUGAAGUACUCAUACCCAAACAUGUCAUCGAUUUAGAUAAGGAAUUUCUGUUCUCAUUUUUAUUAUCAUCACGUUUAUUUCUACGACCUCAUGAGCUUCUUGGCAAACUGUUGGACUCGGUACCUGAUAGUGAAUGCUUAGAAGCAUUAGUUGCCCUCCUGGCCGAAUGGACGCAGAAAUUUCCAUAUGAUUAUCGUGACGAACGCAUGAUGAAUCAUGUCAAACAUAUCGUUGUCAGAUGCUCCAAUUCUCAUUUAGAAGCCGUAGUUUCCCAAGUACUAAGUGCCUUACUUAACCGUUUGACUGAUUUAGAGACACAUGAGGGCGAUUUGCGUGCCUGUCAGACCAACAACGAGAAGCUGGCUGCACCCCUCAACUGUCUGACAGCUACACAAUAUGCACAAAUCUUAUGCCGCCUGGAACAGAAGUUGGCCAAGCACAUUGGAGCGGAGGAGUUUUUGCAGUGCAGCAAUGUGGUGUUAUUAGAUAAACACAGGAAAUGGGACCAACCAUUUGCCGGAACUGGAUCGCAGGGAAAACAGGAUCCCAAAAAGACAUGCAACCUGGAAACGUAUUUGGACUGGUCGUCACGUCUUCGUCUGUUUGUCUGCAAUGAGAUACUGCAGUGCUGUGGAAUUGAAGAAAGAAGUAAAACCGUGGAGUUGUGGAGCGGUGUGGCUCAGUACUGCCUGCUGGUGGGCAACUACAAUAGCGCCACAGCGAUUUUGGAAUCACUAGAGUCUCCCGCCAUAGCCAGACUUAAAGUAACGUGGAGCAAAUUGCAAGUGACAUGUCAGCAAUUGGAUUGUAUGCAACGACAUGCCGAAGGACAUGGGCAUUUAUGGCAGAAACAGGCUAUCGUCUUAAAUGAGCAGCAGCAAUGUCUAAAAACUGAUAAGCAAACAUCAUUAUCGAGCACCAAAGAGUCUUCGGCAGCAUCAGAACCAGCAACAACAGCCACAACAGCCACAACAGCCACAACAGCCACAACAUCAACAACAACAACUACAACAACACCAACGUCAAUGGCAACGUCCUCAUCAUUCAGUAGCCAAGACAAGUUGGAUGGAGAAAUUUCGACCAUUGCCAGCGGUCAUCCAAUUGGCAUGAAAGUCCCUUCCGGUAUGAAUACCAUUGCAACACCAACUCAAAUGAUGACUGUAGCUGACAACGGCAAUGUGGCAGCAGCAACAUCAACUUCUUCCAAACCGAAUGAUUGGGUUGUUAUUCCGGUGUUUGCGGAUAUUGUUAAAUUGGCUCUCGGCGAACGCGAAAACUGCUUGCAUCGUUUACCAAAUGGCCACAUCGAUAUAAAUGCCUUCGAUCGGAUGGCAGCCAUAGUUGGGGCCUUCACCAAGCACAUGCAGGCAAUGAAAUCGACAAAGGCGCCAUCUGGCGAUGAGUAUGCGCUUUUCUGUUACCAUAUGCAGCAAACUACAAAACUUGGCGAGUCGGAUCUAAUGAUGGCUUCUUUUGAUUGCGAAGAACCCAAUAAUGCUGAAAAGCUGAUGUAUGACUUAAAUUAGUGUAGAUCUUACAUACUCUAACUUCGCAUAGAUGCUAUGUAUGAGUACCAACGUCAUUUGCUAUCCUGGAGGUCUAUGGUUAUGUUGAAUAGAUCCCUUGAUUGAUAUCAUUAUCCUGCGAAAUAAAGCAUCUAUUUGUAGGUUUUGUAUUUAGAUAAAUAAUAAUUUGUAACAUAUGAGAAUAAAGUUAUUACGUGACUGGAUAAAUGAUUUA